AUGUCGAAACCGCCAGCGCUACAAGCGCCGUCGCCGGCGCCUGUUGAGGCGAGUUCGCCACCGUUGCCGCCGGGUACUGUUUUGCCGCCGACGCCGUUGGAAGUGUUGGAGAGGGAGGUGGCGGGUGCGAAGCCGCCGCGGCCGGGAUUGGUGCGGAGUCUGAUUUCGUAUCCGUUUCGGCGUUCGCAGCAGCGCGGUCGUACGGAGGUUUCGUUUGAGAGUUUCGGAAGAGGUGAGGGAGGGGACCUGGACAGAAGACUUAGUCCGGUCUCUUGGACGGCGCGGAACGGUAUGGUGGAGCGAAGCGGUUUGUCGGAACGAGGUGGUCUGUCAGAGCGAAGUAAUGCGUUGCCAGGUACAUUGUUAUCUGGUCGUGUAGACAAAUGGACAAACUAUGUGAGUCAGUGGAAGUUGCGUCACUUCGAUAUUGUACCGGGUAUGUUUCAAUUGUAUGUGCCCCGAGAGGGUGGUGCUACAUCACGGGAUGAGAUUCCGUUGGUGUUGUGUAAAUUCAAGCCUAUAAAGCAGCUGGAGGCCGUGGUAACACAUUCUAAUGGACCACCACUCAAGCUCCGUUUCCCUAGUCCCGAUCAUCGUUCAUCUUGGUUACGGACUAUGGCUAAAGCCAAGCAGCUUGGCUCACCUCCACGAUAUAGCGACCUAUAUAACGAUCGAAAUGAGACACCAGCCCUAGCCCUUGAACAUCUCGCCUUCGAAGAUGAAGCUGUCGCCAUCGCACGACUCGCAGACUCACUCAAACGUGCCCGCUCAGACUUCGCUCGCGCACGAACCGAAAUCGACCUUAUCGCCAAACGACUCACCACACACUUCAGAGAUGCGCCACAAAUCGCAAGGGAACUCCUCACCGGCUUGCUCGUCGAAUACAACAAAAUAGGUACACUUGCCUCACCCUAG